GCUUUGGUUGGCGGUGGGUUUGACUAAAAUAAUAGAUAAAAAUUUUAAAUUCUCAAUAAGAGGGAGGAACCAUCCAGGAAACUCCACGGGGAGGCAAACGAUAGCGUAGGCCUCACCGUUUGUCUUCCUGUCGCUAUGGGUUUCUUCCUCUUCCUCUGUUACAACUUACAAAAUAUCUAAAAUACUAGUUGAUUUUUUUUUUUUUUUCUUUUGCUUUUGGUUGGUUGAGGCGUUGAGCGAAUCAAGAAGGGCAAACAAGGAGUGCAGGUUAAUUUUCUCUGUUUCUUUCUGAUGAUUUGUGAUGGUUUUUUCGGUAUCUGAACUGGGCAAAGAUUGGAAGCUGGUUUUCGAGGGUUUUAUUGAGGAAUGCAGACGGUGGAGACUCCUUGUUUGACCUACGAUGAUUCGGAUGUGAGCUUUUGAUUUUCGAAUCUUCCCUGAUUUGAUGGAAUUUUUUUUUUUUUUGAGGCCACUUUUUUCAUUUCUUCCAUUGAAUUUGAUCGAGAGUUAUUGGUGAUAGUGCCCUGAUAUUGGAUUACGGAAAUUUUAAGAUUUUUGAAACACGGAGAUCAGAACUAAAAGGGGAUCUUUAAAUAAAGAGGAGAGUUUUGGAUGGUAAAGGCUGCAUGAAUCUUGGGUUGUAUUGUUUUAUUACUCUAUUGGUUAUCUGAAUCGAUAAUUUGAGGGGAGAGAGAGAGACUAUUUUCUGAAUACAUAUGGAGCUUGAAGAAUCAAUUGUAAAUGGUGAGGCAGAGGAAACCGAGAGUCGGAACAGUCGGGACAGUCAGGAGAACUCUGCUGAAACCUCUAUCAAGGAAACCCGUCUCUAUCGGACACAAUUUCCUGGCGCUGUGAGGAAGAAAGCUUAUAUAUUUGAUGGCCUGGGGGGUUACUUCACCAAGGAAUGGGAUCUCACAGAAGGGAAUGGCAGAGAAUUUUGCUGGUAUCACGUUGAACUUCCAAAGGGAAAUCAGAAACUCUCAUUGUCAGCGCAAUACCUUAUUGAUGUCCUUUGCCCUCCUCUGAAACUCCAAGAUAUCCUCUCACUCGUCAGUAAUGGGCCCUUCUGUGGGCAUGUUGAUGGAGCACUUGUCUUCAGGGUUAAUUCACCAGGCCCUUCUUCCAGCAAUUUCACCCUCAGGAUUGCUGCAAGAGUCACUGAGAACUCUGUGAUCACGGUUUCUCUAGGUCGUGUUCCGAGAUUGGGGUUCUCUCCAUUGUCUCAAUCUCUUCUUUACGAGAUUCCCAGUGUGGAGAAUCCCGUUGGAGGUGAGGAGAACGGAGAGGGUGGGAUCGUGAUCAGAGAGCAUGUUCUUGAGUUUCUGUUGACAAUGAAUCAUUCUGAGGAGGCUGAUAAUCCAGUUCCACACACUGUCUCCAAUCUUGUUGUUCAUAUUAUUGACACACAUGUGGAUCACAUUCAAGAUAUAGUGACCAAGCUUGAGAUGGAAUUGGAUUCAGUUGAGCUUGAGCUCGAUAAAGGUAGCUUUGCUCUGAAAAAGCAAAUGCUGGAUGACAGAAGAUUUCCUAAGAUGCUUCUGAAUUUACAACGGCUACUGCAGGUAAUUGCACACGGGGAGCAAGUAUUCCCACGUGUUAAAGAAAAAUGUGCUACAAAAAGUUGGUUUGCCAGUGAAGACAUUGUUUCCCUUGAAGAGCUGAUUGGACGCCUUAGAAGGCUUAAGGAGAAUGUUGGGUUCAUAGUAAACCGUGUCAGAGCAAUACAGACCAGUCUUGAUAGUUGGCAAUCUGAGCAAAUAAAUAAAAAGCUUUACUAUCUUUCUUUCCUUUCAAUAAUAUUCCUUCCUUUAUCAAUCAUCACUGGGGUAUUUGGGAUGAACGUUGGGGGAGUUCCAUGGACAGAGCAAAAAGAUCCUGCCCUAAAAGAUGGAUUUCACAAUGUCUUGUUGAUCUGUCUCAUUGUGCUACUGCUUCUACUGCUUUGCUUUACUUUCCCAUCUCUCUAUGUCCGUGUAUCUGCUUGGCGGAGAAGGGUGAUGCUGAGGAGCUGGUCUCUGAAUAGGAAGUCAUUCUUAAGGAGAACUAUUGGAAGUGGAAUACAGGAAAGAGGGGGUUAUUUCCGCCUUUGAAAGUCCUAGAUUAUCUUUUUACUUGUUGCUCCGGAGAAUAUUUAUUAAGUCAUUUCUCAAGGAACUUGAUGGAACAAUGGAUUCUCCUCUUCCUGUGUUUGAAGGUCCUCAAGAACUUUUGAAUGCUCUUGAACACACCAUAGCUGUACAAAUGAGAAGCAGUUGACUGACUGAUGAUGAGAAUUAACGUUCUUGUUGAGUCUGAACAGAAGAAAGGCAAUUUUCAGUUGGACAGUGCUCAUCUGUUGGACCCCUUGUAUCUUUAUGAUUUGAUUUAUUUAUUCUUUUUAUGAAGUUGGAAAGGUCCUUCAGUUUUGAUUGUGUAUAAUGUUCAUUCUUUUAAACAUGUCCACUCUAAAUAUGAAAAGUCCAAUUUGAUGUUUGAUGGUCCUCAA